AACACAUAUUUAGAAAUGUCGAAAUAGUUAUAUAUAUCUUGUGAAACCUCAGUAAGUGGAUUAUAACCUCCUAAGUCAGAUAUGGGAAAAGGUAACAAAUAUUAGCGACAACCAAAGAGCAAUCUUUGCUAAGUUGAAUGAACUUACAGAAUGUAAAGAUGCUGAGGACAAGGAAGCUGAAAAGAAGAAAGUUUGAGAUAUUUUUGAAAAGAAAAGGAUAGGAAAACCAAGGGGCACAUUUGGAGAAAAGCAAAAGCAGUACUUUGAGAUGGUAAAGUCUGGGAAGAUAAAGAACCAUUGCGUAGAUGCUACUGCUAUAUUCUUCCCAAGUGGUGGAUUUUGGAUCCCCAGUCCUUAGCAAUUAAAGUAGCUUGUUCCCCGCCAUCGCCCAUGAUGCUCUUUACCACCCUCCUGUUGAGCGCCUUUGCCGCUGGCUACCAUUUGCCUGAGCCUCCCAAUUGCAGUGAAGAAGAACUCAUGAACGGCUACAAUUACACUCUUCGUGGCGGGUGGAUGGACCUCAGUAUGUAUACCACAUGGGUCCGCGACCGGAACCGACAUGGCCGUACGGGAGCUUUCAACGCAUUUCUCAACUUCACUUCGGCGGCAGGCAUUUGCACGGAAAAAGAUCUGGCCAAUGCCACCCGAGGAAAUGAAUCACUCUUCUGCAUCAGCACCCCGCUUCUUUUCUUCAGCCAGUGCCUCCGUGUCAAGAAAUCGAUCCCUUUGACCAUGACCAAUGUUCUUUCGUCCUGCCACGACUUUGAAUUUAUUGGAUCAGACGUCCUGAAAGAGGCAAAGUUUCCUUUCGAGAGUCGCUUCUGCCACAAGUCCCUGCAUGGUGACCUCACGAGGCUCCUUUUAGUGGGGACUCGUCAAGGUGCGGAGCGAUGGAUUGUGGAGACUUGCCAUUGGAUGAAAGCAAGGAUGUGCCACAACCCUGAGAUGAUGAUCCUUCGUAAUUUCGUACCGGGAUCAGGUUGAUUCUAGUAAUGCGACACUGGGACGCUCCCGUUUUGGUUGUACAGGAUGACGCGCAAUUUGUCCCUGAACGUGACAGUGCGUGCUCCAUUGCUUUCUUUUGCCACGGGAUGAGAGGUUCCCAGCUUGACGCUGACCACGUAGUUGCUCUGCAAAAAUACCCGCAUUUUUUCUUUGCUAGUUGAUCCGCGGUAAGAGUGCACUUGCACAUCACAGGGCAAUUCACGGUGGCGAAUAAAACGGAGGUGGCCACUACCCACUAUCAAAUUGCUAGUUGAGGACUCCACUUGCUUGUUAGGGAAGUCACGUAUUGGCAAUUCUGCCUUAGGGGCGAAUUGCUGUGGCGAAGGAAGCUUUUGAAGGAAGCAGGCAUGUGAGGUGUGGGUUUAUUGACCG